AAAUAUAUAAUAUAUAUUUUGGGGCAAAUACAGUUUCUUGUAAUCGAAGGUACCGUCAGUUUCUUGAACAUUAAUCAAACCCCUAUCUGUUCCACCAAAAGGCCCUAAAAGAAGAGCCUCCGUAACUGACCCCCUUUUGAAGAAUCACUGAAAACCCCCAUCUUUCGGAGCUCCGUUUUUGAGCCAUGGGUCUCGAAGCUGCUGCUGGGUCUGGGGGAGAAGCGAAGACCCAAACGGCACCCACAGCGCUCGCACCGGGCUUCAGGUUCCACCCAACCGACGAAGAGCUCGUCAUUUACUACCUGAAGCGUAAGGUCUGUGGGAAAACUUUCCGAUUCAACGCCAUCUCCGAGGUUGAUAUCUACAAAAGCGAGCCUUGGGACCUAGCAGGAAAGUCGAGUUUGAAGAGCAGGGACCAGGAGUACUAUUUUUUCAGUGCAUUGGACAAGAAGUAUGGAAAUGGGGCCAGAAUGAACAGGGCUACGAGCCAAGGGUACUGGAAGGCAACAGGAAAUGACCGGCCGGUGAAGCACGAUUCAAGGACCGUGGGGAUGAAAAAGACCUUGGUUUUCCAUAGUGGGCGAGCCCCAGAUGGUAAGCGGACCAACUGGGUAAUGCAUGAGUACAGACUUGUUGAAGAAGAAUUGGAGAAAACAGUUGGUCUCACCCAGGAUGCAUAUGUACUGUGUAGAGUAUUUCACAAGAGUAAUAUAGGACCGCCAAGCGGGCAGCGUUAUGCGCCUUUCAUUGAAGAGGAAUGGGAUGAUAAUAAAUCGGCUGUGGUUCCUGGAAUGGAGACUCUGGAUGAAGCAGUAGCUGGUCGUGGUCAAGAUGCGUGUAUUGAAGGAAAUAGUGAACGUAAAUGUACUGAAGAUGCAUGUGUUGAAGGAAAUAGUCAACGUAAGUGUACUGAAGAAACUGCUCCGGAUGCAAAUGCUGGACGAAGUAGAGAAAAUGCUCCCGAUGCAAAUGCUGGACGACAUAGAGAAAAUGCUCCUGACGCAAAUGGUGGACGACAUAGAGAAAAUGCUCCUGAUGCAAAUGCUGGGCGAAAUAGAGAAAAUGGUCUUGAUGCAAAUGCUGGACGAAAUAAUGAUCAGGUCCUGCAUCAAUUGGUAACAGAGCUUACUCAUCUUGCAUCAGAUACUCAAUCCAUCGAUAAGGCUCCUCCUAAUGCUUUGGAUCUUCCAAUGGACAAUAAAAAUGUGUUAUCAGUGUGCAAGGUAGAGAGUGUGAAUGAACCCCCUCUCUCAUGUGUGGUCAAUAGAGAAGAGAGAUUGGAGGAUUAUCAUUCACCAGGAGUAGAUGAUGAGCAACCCUUGCCUAGUGUGGAAAAUCGGCUAACAUUGCCACUACAAAAAUAUAAAAGGCGGCGGCAUAGUGAUUUGAUUUCUGAUUAUUCAAAUGUUUCAGAGAAUUCGAGCAGGACAACUCAGGACCGUUGCUCUUCAACUACAACAACAGCAGCGACAGCUAUGCCGAUCCUGAGAAAAACUCCGAGUACUAAAAAUUUUCUCUCUGCACUGGUGGAGUAUUCGCUGUUGGAAUCCAUUGAACGCAAAGAACUAGUUCCAGUUCCUCCACCGGAAUUGAAUGCUGCUAAUCACAAUUCAUCCGUGCCUCCAAGCUGCAUGAAAUUCAUACAAGAUCUGCAGAAUGAGAUACUCAAGAUUUCUCGUGAGAGAGAAACAUUGAAAUUUGAAAUGACGAGUGCUCAGGCCAUGAUUAACAUUCUUCAAUCUAAAAUUGAUCUUCUACACAAGGAGAACGAAGAUCUGCACAGGGAGAAUAAUGAUUUGAAGAGAAUUAGCCGACAUUUCAAGUGAUUAGCAUUUGCAUAUAUAGUCUUAUGUUCUUCAUUGUAUGGAUUUCAGGCCCCUUAUGGGCCACGUCUGUCGAAUCAUUUGAUCUAAGACUCUAUUCUUUUUCUAGUUUCAGGAAUCAGGACCAUCUUUCUUGUUCAUUUGACUUUUGUUGUAAUAUAGAAUGUUUUUCUA